AUAAAAUUGCAUUUUAUAGGUCAGGUAUUUUGGGAAUAUGCCCGCGGCGCGCCACGUGCGUAAUGACGAGUACGCCUCUAAACAGAUGAAAUAAAGCGUCGAUACUUUGUGAAAAGAAAGCGAGUGUGCAAGUGUAAUUUAUCCUGACGGGGGUUGUGGAAAAUUGUCACUCAUUUCUCACACCAACACCGCCACAUCUGUGCGCGUCUAUGCCACCUCCGGACGGCUUUCCAAGUCCAUGGAUAAAAAGGAACACAAGGCAGCAGAAUGGUUGUUGCACGAGCAAGUAACGGGACUUUCGGUAGUGGCAACAUGAGGUCGUCGUUCAUGAUAGAGGAUAGAGUCGGUGGCGGAGAUCCCGGGGGCUCUACUAACAUGAUGAUCUCGGAGGCUCUUGCGCCACGGCUACUAAAGAUUGCGCAAGGCGCCGCAGAGGCAGCGGCAGCAGCGGCAGCAGCGACUUCUCCGUCCACCUCCAGUCAGCCGCAGGUCAUGGAGACGAACGGGACCCGGUGCGGCGAGCAGAUCCUGAGCUACGGUCGGGUGGAGAAAGUUCUGAUCGGCGCGGUCCUCACCAUGCUCACACUGUCCACGAUCUGCGGGAACUUACUCGUGGUCAUCUCCGUCUGCUUUGUCAAGAAGCUGCGCCAGCCGUCCAACUAUCUGAUUGUUUCUCUGGCCGUGGCAGACCUGUCCGUGGCUCUGGCCGUGAUGCCCUUCGUCAGUAUCACGGACCUUAUUGGUGGGCAGUGGAUAUUCGGACAGUUCUUCUGUAACGUUUUUAUCGCCAUGGAUGUGAUGUGCUGCACCGCGUCCAUCAUGACUCUGUGCGUAAUCAGCAUUGACAGGUAUUUGGGUAUCACAAAACCCCUGACAUAUCCUGUCCGGCAAAACGGCUGCUGCAUGGCCAAGAUGAUCCUGUCGGUGUGGCUGCUCGCUGCCUCCAUCACCCUCCCUCCUCUGUUCGGCUGGGCACAGAAUGUUAACGACGGCAGAGUCUGCCUCAUCAGCCAGGACUUCGGAUACACUGUCUACUCUACAGCUGUGGCCUUCUACAUCCCCAUGUCGGUGAUGCUGAUAAUGUACUACAGGAUCUACCGAGCGGCCAAACUCAGCGCAGCCAAGCACACCAUCACCGGCUUCCCCAGAGAAGGGGAACGCCGAGCUGUGGCGGCUCUUCGAGGGGGGAGAGGAGGGCAUCAGCCAGCAGAGUCGGGUGAGACGGGAAGUGUUGAAGGGACGGAGGUUGAACACGAGGAAGCUGGGGAAGAGGAGAGCUUGGAUUGCGUGGCAGCGGCGCUGAAGCUUCAGCGUGAGGUGGAGGAGGAGUGCAGCACGCGUGUCUCCCGCCUCCUCAAGACCGGCGAGCACCACCAACGACGGAAGAGGAAAAACCAGUCCAUCUUCAAACGGGAACAGAAGGCUGCGGCCACUCUGGGCAUCGUAGUUGGCGCCUUCACCUUCUGCUGGCUGCCGUUCUUCCUGGUAUCCACUGCCAGGCCGUUCGUCUGUGGCGUGCAGUGCAGCUGCGUGCCCCUCUGGCUGGAAAGAACUCUGUUGUGGCUUGGCUACGCCAACUCCCUCAUUAAUCCCUUCAUUUAUGCAUUCUUCAACCGUGAUCUGAGGACCACCUACAGCAAUCUCCUGCGCUGCCGCUACAGGAACAUCAAUCGGAAGUUGUCGGCGGCUGGCAUGCACGAGGCUCUGAAACUGGUGGAGAAGCCAGACACUGAUGCAUAAAGCUGUAGGUCUGCCAAUCAGAAAGGCUGCAGAGACCAGCAGGAAAAAAGACAGAAGGAAAAAGGAAAAAAAAAAAAAACAGUGGGCUCAGACUGUGGCAUAAGGCCAUUCUGCUGACAGACCUUUUUACCCCCAAACUGUAUGUGGAUUGCCAAGGCAAGCGGGGCAAGAUGUUGUGAUUAAGUGGAUGUAGAGGAAGCCCAAGUGUUUCACUCUGGGGCUUGUGGAGAAAACUGGGAGAAAGUUUAGCUCACUGGUGAUGAACUCAAACAGUUUAAAUAGUGGCUGCUGUUGCAGUGGUUCUUAAGCCCACAGGGAAGUGCUACCUUGGCAGAUUUGAAACUGGCUGCUCCAGCGCUGAAGAGGUGGAGCUACACACUCAGACGUUGUUCUCGGCUCUUGUAAUGGAUCAAAAUGAUCUUACUCAGUAACCAGUGUCUCGCAUUUCAUUUUCUAAACCAAGGACAACUAACUAAGAGAAAAUAAAUGAUGCCUUGGAACUCAACAGUCACCAAAUAUGUUUACCUUGGGUCGAUGGUCUUUUAAAUGUAGAGUGUUUCAUCAGUGAACAGGCAUAACAAGUGGACAUGAUAUGAUUAAAACUAUGUUAUCUAGAAAUUUAUGUAAACAAGUCAAUAGCCACGCUGUUUUUGUAACAAAUGGUUCUGAUCUGUUGUAAUCUAAUGAGUUUAUAUCUUUUGAAGAUGAGCCAAAAUGGGCUCCUUUCCUUCUACUCACGUCAUGGCCACCUCCGUGUUGGAAAACACUUGACUGAUCAUUCAUUUCUGUGAUACGGCAGCUAACUUAUGAGCAAGCAAGGAACCUUAGGGGGAAAGAAUUGAUGUGAAAAUCCAGCACAUGAUGAUACUGAAGUCGAGCUGAAGAUAAAGUAGAGGGAAACAACAUCAUUAAGGACACUUUCUGAAUGUGACUGUGCCUUUUUCUGCUUUGUCUUUUAAGGUUUGGUUGGAGCACACAAGAGUCUCCUUUUAAAGUUGAGACACUGUGAGACAGUCCUUUGGGCUUUGGCUUUGUUGUGCAUUACAUAACACAAGAAUCCGCUAAUAAAACGGGAAGUAUCCUAGCAAACGAGAUUAAUGAUGAUCUCGCUCUAAGAUUUAAGAAUGUUCUGCUUUUAUGGUGUUCUUUUUUUUUUUUUACAUGAUACUAACUAAAAUUAUUUUCACAGUUAAUUUAACAGUUGACCAGUUUUGUGGCUAAAGUUCUGUUUAA